AUGGCCAAUCAAGCAGACAACCAAGGAGCGAAAUUCUUUGGAAAAGACAAUCCUUUUGAAUUACGAGAGCUCGAAAAUCGGUCCCUUGACGCAACAGACGAGGAAUUAGCCGAGGCUGCGCGAUACAUUGAAAAUAUAUUCGGAGACGCACACGCUUGGUGUGGUGGAUGGGCCCUGAGAUUGCGAGGAUCUGAGCGACGAACAGAAGACUUGGACGUUGUGGUUCGAGCUCCUUCUACUGCAAGCAUUUGGGAACAACUCAAGCCGUAUAGCAGCAUCAUCCUAUACUAUUAUAAACACAUACUAGAAGAAGGUGGUGACCAGUUCAAGAUCUUUGUGGAUUUGGACGAGCAACGAGUUGUCUGCGUUGAUGUCAUUUUGGCAGGUCGCCUCCACACGCCUACGCUCGAGACGCGUGACGACGUCGAUGAAGUCUCUGCUUUGGUGAAUGGGACGGUGGUCAAGAAGCGGGUCGUGUCUUUGCGAUGGCAAGUCAGCCAAAAGCUUCAUGCUAUAGCGACUCGCCGUAAAGAAUCGGACUGCACAGAUUUGGUUUGGUUGAUGGCCCGUUACUCCGAAAUUGGCACCUGGAUACAAGACGAGGACGAGAGUAAGCGCAAAGCGUUUUUUGAUUGGUACUAUGAUAAUGAGAUGGAUGACGCCGAAGUGGACGUGAUGAAGAGGUACUUGGGCUUGGAGGGCGACAAGCGCUGA